CAGCUGCCGGGCCCACAUUUUCGGUCCCGCGUGUAAGUGGAUUCGACUUACCCCACGAAACACGAGCUCACCUGCUGCGUGCGGUACGCCUACCGUAGAAGGUGGGGUUGCUGCUACCGCACAGCGCAGUUGUAGAUAAAGAGAAUUCAGAUCCAACUCUCAGUUCAGGUCAAGUGCCCGGUGCUGGCAUUGGAACGCUGGCCGCGUUUCCCCCUCCAAAGUGUCAUACUGUAUAUCCAUCUGCUGCGGCGUGGUUGACAAAAGGUCUUUUCGUUUACUUUUCCCUGUCUUAUUGGCUUGUUCUGAAGGGACGGCUCCAGUGCCGGAUUCUGUCCUAUCUCAGGUUGUUAUAGUCCCAAAUGGGCGAAUCCCUCCCAAGCUUCUUGCAAUUGCCUCCCGAGGCCCUCAAAGACCACGCAAUGGAUAAAAUUACCGACAAGAUCGCGGCUCUGCCCGCAGACUCCAACUACUUUUCUCUCGAAUUCUUUCCUCCAAAGACGGCAAUGGGCUUCUCUAACCUCCGAGACCGGCUCGACCGCAUGGCAAGAGCACUACGGCCCCUCUUUGUUAACGUCACCUGGGGAGCAGGCGGUUCGACGGCCACCAAGUCCCUUGAGCUUGCCGAGAUUUGCCAGCGGGAGCUGGGGCUCACGACAUGUCUGCACCUCACCUGCACCAACAUGAGCCGCCGCUUGAUUGACAAGGCGCUCGAUGACGCAAAGGCUCUGGGGAUUCGCAACAUCCUUGCCCUGCGAGGUGACCCGCCCAGGAGAUCCGAGUAUCGCGACAGCAACGAGCCCGAAGAAGACGAAGCGGAGGAGGAGUUUGCUUGGGCCGUUGACCUGGUCCGCUACAUCCGCAAGACCCACGGCGACUACUUCUGCAUCGGCGUCGCCGCGUAUCCCGAGGGCCACGCCGACGAAAGCCACCCUCUAGGCCAGAGCCUGGAGCACGAUCUGCCCUAUCUGGUUGAGAAGACGCAGGCAGGGGCCGACUUUAUCAUGACGCAACUGUUCUUCGAUAUUGAGGCCUACAAGCGGUUUGAGCAGACUUUGCGAGAGCACCCAAGCGGGGCAUUCAAGGAUAUUGUCAUUGUCCCUGGCCUCAUGCCGAUUCAGAGCUACCAGAUGAUCAAGAGGACUACAAAGUUGAGCCACGCCAAGAUACCGGAUGCCCUGAUGGCGCGGUUGGAUGCGGUCAAGGGAGAUGACGAAAAGGUGAAAGAGGUGGGGGUGGACAUCAUUAGUGAGAUCAUCGAGCAGAUCAGGGAGAUAAAGAGCAGGACCGAAGGGUCCCGGGGUUUCCAUUUUUACACCCUCAACCUGGAAAAGGCAGUGUCGUUCAUCGUAGAGCGGACAGGCUUGAUAUCUCCAACCACACCCACGGAGGGCCAGACAGUCAUUACUCAAGAUCCCCUUCCUGACCUGAGGCUUCUGCAUGUAAACGGAUCGACCCCUGAGCAGUCGUCGCACCCGUCCAGACGGAAGGCUUCGAUCGGAUCUGACCCCCGUGAUCGAGUCAUUGUGCAAAACAGGUCCGCUUCACACCCCGACUGGGAGGCCACGCCGCUCGAGGCUAGUGUUCCUGCUGGACCCAUCAACUCAAGAGCAAACACGCUCGCCAUAUCCGAAGGGGAGGGGGUGCUGGGCCGAGAAGCCACAUGGGACGAUUUCCCGAAUGGAAGAUGGGGCGACGCUCGAUCGCCAGCCUAUGGACAGAUCGACGGCUACGGCGUCAGUCUACACGUCACGGUCGCUCAAGCACGGCAACUAUGGGGAAGCCCGAAAACGACUGAGGAUAUUAAUAACAUCUUCAUCCGGCACCUUAAAGGCGAGCUGUCGUCUAUCCCAUGGAGCGAAGAGGGAUUCAGCCCCGAGACCGAGAAGAUCAGGGACCAGCUGAUGGCCAUCAACUCGAAAGGCUGGUGGACACUAGCCUCGCAGCCUGCCGUCAACGGCCUUCGGUCGAGCGACCCCACCUUUGGCUGGGGUCCGCAGAACGGCUUCGUCUUCCAGAAAGCCUUUGUCGAGUUCUUCCUGCCGUCAGCCGACUGGAAGAUGCUGGUGGAGAGGCUGAAGCGGCCUGAGAUGAAGGACGUUAUCUGCUUCUAUGCAGCCAACAUGGCGGGCGACUUUCUCAGCUCAGAUACAGAGCGGUCGGCGACGGAUGCGGAUGGGGUGCAGUACCAGGAGGCGAGCACAAAUGCCGUCACUUGGGGCGUGUUCCCCGGUAAGGAAAUUGUCACGCCGACCAUCAUCGAGGAGGUCAGCUUCCGCGCAUGGAGCGAGGAGGCCUUUGGGAUCUGGGGCGAAUGGGCCAAGAUCUAUCCCAAGGGUUCGGAGAGCGAGAGGUUUUUGGAGAAAGUGCGGGCUGAUUCAUGGCUGGUGAAUAUCAUUCAUCACGAUUUUGUCAAUAGCGAUGCGCUGUGGGAGUUGCUGCUCACUUAAGAUCUGCCAUGGUUUGGUACAGCCGGUGGAUAGGUUGAGUGAGCGGGCUAUGGCGGUAAUAGAGUUUGGAAAUUCACGGUUGUAUUCCAGAGUUAGUGAAUGUCAUACAUAGAGAGGGCAAGCAGGCAGCCGUAGUGAUGGGCAGAUAUUUAUGAAUAUCAGCAGCGACUCGAGAUGAGAUCAACUGAUCAGAAUCCAAUGCCUAC